GCGCCAGAGCGCGUUUGCUGAGCGCUAUAUCGGGAGCGCAGAGAUUGUUAGACCGCCUUCUGUGGUUUCUACUGGCUGCAGCCUGAUCAGGAAAGACCUCGAGAGACCCUCAAGCCACGCAAUGGUGUCCGUGACCUUUGAUGAUGUGGCUGUUAAAUUCACCAAUGAGGAGUGGGCUUUGCUGAGUCCAUUCCAAAGGAAGAUCUACAAAGAUGUGAUGAAGGAAACCUUUAGAAACUUAGCUGAUAUAGGAAGAGCUUGGGAUAUCCAGAAAGUUGGAAAAGAACACAAAAAUUACUCCAGAAAUCUAAGAAAUGAAGAGAUACAGAAAUGCUAUCAAUAUAAAGGUUGGAAUCGAUAUGAAGGAAUACUCCUUUGUACUCCAGAUGUUAAUGUGGACGUGAAUCAAACAGACAUACACGAUAAUGUUGAGAUCUAUCAAACAAAUUAUAGGGGAGAGAAACCCUAUGUAUGUGAGGAAUGUGGGAAAGGUUUUAGCAAAAAGAGUCAUUUUCAGUGUCAUUUAAGAACUCACACUGGGGAGAAACCCUAUGUAUGUAAACAAUGUGGGAAAGCUUUCAACACAAAACAUCACUGUCAAGUACAUGCGAGAAUUCACACUGGGGAGAAACCAUAUAUUUGUAAGCAGUGUGGGAGAGCUUUCAGUAGAAACACUCAUUGUCGAAGUCAUGAAAGAACUCACAGUGGGGAGAAACCCUAUGCGUGUAAACAAUGUGGGAAAGCUUUUAACAGGUACCGUGAUUGUAAAGUACAUGAAAGAACUCACUCAGGGGAGAAACCCUAUAUAUGUACACAGUGUGGAAAAGCUUUCAACAUAUACCAUGACUAUAAAGUCCAUCAAAGAAUUUACACUGGGGAGAAACCUUAUGUAUGUAAAGAAUGUGGUAAAGCUUUUAGCAAAAACAGCAGAAACACUCAAUGUCAGAGUCAUGAAAAAACUCACACUUGGGAGAAACCGUAUGUAUGUAAACAGUGUGGGAAAUCUUUUACCACACUUGCAUGUUUUAAACUGCAUGAAAGACUUCACACUGGCGAGAAACCCUAUGUAUGUAAACAGUGUGGGAAGGCUUUUAUCACAAACCAUCGUUUGAGAGCACAUGAAAGAGUUCAUACUGGGAAGAAACCCUUUUUAUGUAAGCAGUGUGGGAAAGCUUUCUUUACUCACAGCGCAUGUAAAAUACAUGAAAGAAUUCAUACUGGGGAGAAACCCUAUGCAUGUAAGCAAUGUGGAAAAGCUUUCAGCAGAAGCACUCAUUGUCGAACACAUGAAAGAAUUCACACUGGGGAGAAACCUUAUGUAUGUCAACAUUGUGGGAAAGCUUUCACCACGCAAGGAUAUUGUAAAAUACAUGAAAGACUUCAUACAGAGGGGAAACCAUAUGUAUGUAAGCAAUGUGGAAAAGCUUUUAGCACACACAGUUCUUGUCACAGACAUGAAAAGAUUCACACUGGGGAGAACACUGUAUGUAAGCAAUGUGGGAAAGCUUUUAGCACAAACCACCAUUUGUGAACACAUGAAAGGAUUCAUAUUGGGAAGAAAUCAUUUGUAUGCAAAUGAGGGCAAAUUUUCAGCAAGCACAGUGAGUGUAAAAUACACAAGAGCAUUCACACCGGGGAUUAAUCCUUUGUAUAUAGGAUAAAUAGAUAUGUUCUGCACAUUAUCAAAUGUAUGAAAGAACUUACUAGGCAGAAAUCCUCUGUAGAGGAGUAAU